AUGUCUCAACGUCUACAACUGAAAAUUUCUGGUGAGGGUAGUUCUAGCCUCUAUAAGUUAUACGAGGUGCGAACGGUCGGCUGUCUGGUGUUACCUACGCAAUCGAUGAAGUACAACGAACUCUGCGAUCGAUAUCCUCAUUUGCGUGGACUUCCACUGAAAGAUUACGAGCUAAUCCAACCGAAGCUGUUGAUUGGAUUGGACAACCUUCACCUCGCUGUUCCCCUAAAGGUGCGAGAAGGUGGUACUAAGGAUCCGAUAGCUGCGAAGUGUCGACUUGGUUGGAGUGUGUACGGAUACUUGAUGGGUCCAUCAACAUCACGCGCUGUGGUUCACUUCCAUGUUGCCGCACCUGUCGAUAGCGAUCGGCAACUGAACGACCAACUUCGCGACUACUUUGCUCUGGAGGACGCCGGUGUCACCGAACGGAAAGAAGUACUGGAGUCAGAUGAAGAAAGACGGGCAAGGACAAUACUGCAACUAACGACAAGGCGUACGCACCGUGGAUUCGAGACCGGGCUACUUUGGCGAGAUGAUGACCCGGUAUUCCCGGACAGUUACCCAAUGGCAUUUCGUCGUUUGAAGGCGCUAGAAAGAAAACUGGCAAAGGACACACUGUUACAAGAGCGGGUGUGUGAACAAAUCUCUGAAUAUCUGCGGAAAGGGUACGCUCACAAAGCAACCGAAUUGGAGUUGAACAACAUAGAUCGGAAACGAAUGUGGUUUUUGCCAUUGGGAGUUGUCGUUCAUCCCAGGAAACCGAAUAAGAUACGACUGGUGUGGGAUGCAGCAGCUAUGGUGGAAGAGGAAUACAACGAAGAAUAUCCCCGAGCAGUCACCGCGAUCGUUGAAAACCAUUAUGUCGAUGACUAUUUGGACAGUUUUAUGACCACCGAAGAAGCUGCAACUGUAGCACAGAAGGUGACAUUGGUUCACUCGCUGGGAGGAUUUGAAAUAUGCCGUUUUCGCUCCAACUCCACAGACUUCCUCCACAAAAUAGGUGAACCGACUGCUGACGAACCGAAAAACUUGAUGCUGGAAAGCGGUGCCACUAGAGAGUCCGUACUUGGGAUGUCUUGGGACCCCAUAAACGAUUGCUUUUCCUAUUCGUUCAAUUUGCGGGACGAUAUACGUUCAGUAAUAGAUGAAGCACACAUUCCUACAAAAAGGGAAGUCCUGAAAGUCGUAAUGAGCCUUUUCGACCCACUAGGACUCGUUUCUCACUUUCUCGUCCAUGGAAAAGCAAUUAUUCAGGGAACUUGGGCUGCUGGAACUGGAUGGGACGAGCCUAUCAAUGCAGACCUCAAUCGAAAAUGGCGCCAAUGGGUAACACUCUUCCCGAAGCUCAACGAACUGAACAUUCCCCGGUGCUACUUCGUGCCAUUUCCGCCCAACAUCGACGAUCUACAAGUUCACACUUUCGUUGAUGCUAGCGAUAUAGCUUAUUCUUGCGCGGUAUAUUUUCGGCUAGUGCAUGAAGGUCACGUUCAAACAGCACUUGUGGGAGCUAAAAGUAAGGUUGCCCCUUUGAAAACAUUGUCCACUCCUCGGCUAGAGUUGAAGGCUGCAGUUCUGGGAGUAAGAUUUGCCGCAGCGAUUCUCGAAUACCAUUCGCUUCCGGUAUCCAAACGAUUCUUCUGGAGCGACUCCACUACUGUGCUUGCAUGGAUCCGGUCCGAUCAUCGGAGGUUCCACAAGUUUGUAUCAGUUCGGAUAGGCGAAAUCCUUACUUUGAGCGAGCCACAGGAAUGGAAAUGGGUUCAAUCCAAACUAAACGUUUCCGACGAUGCAACGAAGUGGAAAAACGGACCUAAUCUAGAUUCGAAUUGGUGCUGGUUCAAGGGUCCUGAAUUUCUACGCCUGGACGAAAUGGCAUGGCCAAUGCAACGAUCCACAACCACAACCCUUGAGGAACUUCGACGUGUCCAAGCUCACUGGAACAAUGAACCGGCGGUGGAUUACUCCAGAUUCAGCAGCUGGACAAGACUUCAACGUACGAUGGCGUACGUCAUACGCUUCAUAGAUAGAUUGCGUCGACGAAAUGUCGCGCGGAACUUCAAACGAGAAAUACUCACUCGAGAAGAACUAUCAAAAGCGGAAAUUCUGCUGUGGAAAGUAGUACAACAGGAAACCUUCGCAGUGGAACGAUCGGUAUUGGCAAAGACACGGGGGGAUCCAGAUGCAAAACACUCUGCUGUUUCAAAAUCGAGCUCACUUUACAAAGUUUGGCCGUAUAUGGAUCGUCAAGGAGUCCUGCGAAUGCGAGGCCGCAUAGGUGCGGCGAGUUAUUUGCCGUUUCAAGCAAGAUACCCAGUAAUACUCCCCAAGAAACAUCCAGUAACUACUUUGAUCGUAGGGCGGUUUCAUCAUCUUUAUCGUCACGCAAAUCGAGAGACGGUCGUUAAUGAGUUGCGACAGUAUUUUGAAAUAGCAAACCUGAGAUCACUUGUGCUAAGGGUGGCCAAAGACUGCGCAUGGUGUCGCAUCAACAAGGCUUUUCCAAAACCACCGGUAAUGGCACCUCUUCCCAAGGAAAGAUUGGAUCCAUUUGUAAGACCCUUUACAUACGUUGGCUUGGACUACUUUGGACCCGUUUUUGUCAAGGUGGGCAGGAGUCAGGCAAAACGGUGGAUCGCUCUCUUCACAUGCUUAUCAAUCCGAGCCGUGCAUAUGGAGGUCGUGCACAGUUUAUCAACCGAAUCGUGUGUCAUGGCAAUCCGAAGAUUCGUAUCACGCCGUAGUUCGCCUGCUGUGUUCUACUCUGAUAAUGGUACUUGCUUCCAAAGUGCCAACAAGCAACUGUUGGAGGAAAUUGCUGCUGGAAACGAAGAGCUUGCAUCUACUUUCACGAACGCUACAACCGAAUGGAAGUUUAUUCCGCCCGCUACUCCGCACAUGGGAGGUGUGUGGGAGCGCUUAGUGAGAUCGGUAAAAACAGCAGUUGGCUCGGCACUGGAACAUCCCCGCAAGCCCAAUGAUGAAACGCUAGAGACUAUAAUCUAUGAAGCCGAAGCAUUAGUGAACUCCAGACCGCUCACAUAUAUCCCUCUGGAAUCAGCAGACCAAGAGUCACUUACGCCCAACCAUUUCCUUUUGGGUAGUUCUACAGGAAACAAAAUCGGACCAAAAGAUGUACCUGAAUACGCUACUAUCCGUAGCAGCUGGAAGAUGGCCCAACAUAUCGUUGGGGAAUUUUGGAAAAGGUGGAUAAAGGAGUAUUUGCCAGUAAUAACACGCCGAAGCAAGUGGUUCGAGGAAACCAAGGACAUAGUUGAAGGAGACCUGGUUCUUAUUGUGAAUGGAUCUGGACGAGCUCAAUGGACUAGAGGACGAGUGGACAAAGUACUUGUAGGCAGCGAUGGAAGAGUUCGUCAAGCGAUAGUACGAACGGCGAAUGGAACUCUGCGGCGGCCUGUAACGAAGUUAGCGGUGUUAGACGUCGAGAAAGAGCGUGAACCUACGAGACUUCAGGAACAUCCAGGACAUCACCUAGGUUCACGGGCGGGGGUAUGUGCCGACAACACCCCUCGGUGCAGCGACGCCGCCUGCAAAGAAGCAGACACUUUUCAGCAGGCCGCACUGGACCAACACGUCAAACGUGACAGCAGGCUAGAUAAAGUGUCAAAGGACCAAUACUAG